UCGUUGCCUCACUUCCAAGGCCCAUCAGGACACUGUUUCAGAAGGAAAAGGAAAGUGCACGAUGAAUCAUCAUCUUCCCCAAAGCUCCAGAGUCCAGUGCAGUCCUCAAGCCGCCGCGACGAGAAAGAUGGCGGCCAUCUCGAACACGUCGAGCAAGAGGAUCGCUCUGGUUACCGGAGGGAACAAAGGGGUCGGGCUGGAGACGUGCCGGAAGCUCGCGUCUAGAGGGCUCAAGGUCGUGCUGACGGCGAGGAACGAGGCGAGGGGUCUGGAGGCGGUCGACGGCAUCAGGCGCUCCGGUGGUCCCGGCCAACCCGAUGUUAUCUUCCAUCAGUUGGAUGUCACCGACACUUCCAGCAUCGAUCGGCUGGCGGAUUUCGUCAGGGAUCAAUUCGGAAGGCUCGAUAUCCUGAUAAACAAUGCCGGCAUUUCAGGUGUUGACCGAGAUCCAGUUCUAGUUGCCAAAGUUAAGGAACAGGUUGAAAGCAUGGAUGUAAAUCAGAGAGUUCAAUGGAUGAAAGAAAAUUCAAAGGAGACAUAUGAAGAGGCAAAAGAGUGUAUGAGAACGAACUACUAUGGGCCAAAGCUUGUCACCGAGGCACUACUUCCUCUUCUUCAGUUGUCCUCCUCUGGGAGAAUUGUCAAUGUCUCAUCAGGCUUUGGUCUGCUACGAAACUUUAACAGUGAAGAACUUAAGAAGGAACUCAAUGACAUUGACAACCUUACUGAAAAAAGACUGGAUGAGCUGUUGGAUUUGUUCCUAGAAGAUUUCAAGGCCAACUUAAUAGAGGCACAUGGAUGGCCAACGGGUGGCUCUUCAGCCUACAAAGUUGCCAAAGCUGCCCUCAAUGCAUACACUAGGAUUCUAGCCAAGAAGUUCCCUACAAUGCGCAUCAACUGUUUAACACCUGGUUAUGUGAAGACUGACAUUUCAAUGCACAUGGGAGUAUUGACACCUGAGGAGGGCGCUAGCAACCCUGUGAAGGUUUCUCUCUUGCCUGACGAUGGCCCAACUGGUGCUUAUUUUGAUAGGGAUGGUGAGGCGUCUUUUGUGUGGUGUCUUGUUUUAAUUUUCGGUACCCGAAUGGGCCAAAUAUCCCGAGAAAAAAGAGCAUUCAUACGAUUUUGGCCCGAACUCAACUCCCCAGUUAAAACCUUAGCUCAACCCAACACAACUACUCUAGUCUCCCUUGACUCCACCAGUGCAGUCCCCAAGACCCCAACUGCCGCGAGAAGAAAGAUGGCGGCCAUCUCGAACCCGUCGAGCAAGAGGAUCGCUCUGGUUACUGGAGGGAACAAAGGGAUCGGGCUGGAGACGUGCCGGCAGCUCGCGUCUAGAGGGCUCAAGGUCGUGCUGACGGCGAGGAACGAGGCGAGGGGCCUGGAGGCGGUCGACGGCAUCAGGCGCUCCGGUGGCGCCGGUCAACCCGAUGUUGUCUUCCAUCAGUUGGAUGUCACCGACCCUUCCAGCAUCGACCGGCUGGCGGAUUUCGUCAGGGAUCAAUUCGGAAGGCUCGAUAUCCUGAUAAACAACGCAGGCAUUUCAGGUGUUGACCGAGAUCCAGUUCUGUUUGCCAAAUUUAAGGAACAGGUCGAAAGCAUGGAUGUAGAUCAGAGAGUUCAAUGUAUGAAAGAAAAUUCGAAGGAGACAUAUGAAGAAGCAAAAGAGUGUAUGAGAACGAACUACUAUGGGGCAAAGCUUGUCACCGAGGCACUACUUCCUCUUCUUCAGUUGUCCUCCUCUGGAAGAAUUGUCAAUGUCUCAUCUGGCUUUGGACUGCUAAGAAACUUCAACAAUGAAGAACUUAAGAAGGAAUUCAAUGACAUUGACAACCUUGCUGAAAAAAGACUGGAUGAGCUGUUGGAUUUGUUUCUGGAAGAUUUCAAGGCCAACUUAAUAGAGGCACAUGGAUGGCCAACGGGUGGCUCUUCAGCCUACAAAGUGGUCAAAGCUGCCCUCAACGCAUACACUAGGAUUCUAGCCAAGAAGUUCCCUACAAUGCGCAUCAACAGUUUGACUCCUGGUUAUGUCAAGACUGACAUGUCAAUGCACAUGGGAGUAUUGACACCUGAGGAGGGUGCUAGCAACGUUGUAAUGGUUUCUCUCUUGCCUGACGAUGGCCCAACUGGUGCUUAUUUUGAUAGGGAUGGUGAGGCGUCUUUUGUGUGACCGCGCCGUACCUUUUACGCGGUCUUCCGCUCUUACUUUCAGAACGGGACUGACAGAUUUAUACUGUAAUAUUUGUCAUUAAACAAUGUAAGUUUGACCUUUGCUCAAAUCGACAUGCUGGAGAUGGAAAUAGUAUAACUUUACUCUGA